AUGGUUCAAACUUCCACAAUUGUCGCUGCCAGUGUUGGCACAGUUGCUACAGGGUUGGUCGCCUACGCAAUUUAUUUCGAUCAUAAAAGACGUACCGAUCCAAACUUUCGCAAACAAUUGAAGAAGGAAUCGAAACGACAAGCAAAGGUUGUGCAGGAGGAAGCGGAAGCUUACAGUGAGAGACAAAAAGAAGUUAUCAAGGCAGUGGUUCUAGAAGCCAAGGAUGAUGGGUUCCCGGUGGACGUAGAGGAAAAAGAGGCAUAUUUCAUGUCAGAAGUUGCUAGAGGAGAAAACUUAAGCUCAGAUGGUGGCGACCCGAUAGAAGCAGCACUUUGUUUCUACAAGGCACUCAAAGUUUACCCUCAACCAAACGACUUGAUCUCCAUUUAUGAUAAGACAGUGCCAAAGCCUGUCCUCGAUAUUCUUGCAGAAAUGAUUGCAGCAGAUGCAGCCUUAGAUGUUGGACCUUUUGGUGGCGGCUCUGGAUCUGAUAGUGGUAUACCCGGUGUUGGUCUUGAUUAG